AUCCGAGUAAAGGUUUCUGGAUUUGUCUAGAGAUAGCAAGUACCUUCUAGUUCCUCGAUGUAUUUUCCAGAAACCUACACGCCUACCUUGUAUAUAUACACGAACCCCAUAUCUCAUGCUCUCAUCAAAUUCCCUUUGCUUCAUUCAAUAUACAGUUUCUCGUCCAGGAAACUCUCAAGGAAAAACGAUAAAAAUGUCUCAAGCCGUCUCGAAUUUGAGCCUCUCCCUGCCUCUGCCAUUUAGAAAGGCCGGUACUUCUUCAAAGCCUCCAUGCCCAGCACUUCCACACUUGUUCAAACCAAUUGGCGGCAGAGGUCCGAGUCAAAACGGUAUCAGGGCCAUCGCAGGGGAGACCAGAGACAACCUCGACCACUUGCAGAGGGCCAACAAGCCCCAACAAUCCAACCCCAAGAAGCGAGCUGCCCCAGUUGCACCCAUAGGGUUGUGGGACCGCUUUCCAACGGCAAGAACGAUGCAGCAAAUGAUGGAGACGAUGGAGAGGAUGAUGGAGGAUCCGAUUACAUACUCGGGUGGGUGGUCGGAGCCGUUGCCGAGCGGUAGAGGAGGGUACGGCAGGGGAAGGACGCCAUGGGAGAUAAAAGAAUGUGAGAGUGAGUACAAGAUGAGGUUUGACAUGCCUGGGAUGACCAAGGAGGAUGUGAAGGUGUGGGUGGAGGAGAAAAUGCUGAUCGUAAAGGCUGAGAAGGUGCCCAAGAAGCAGCAGGCCGAAGGUCAGGGAAAUGGAGAGGAAGAGGACCAGGAUUGGUCUGCCAAGAGUUACGGCAGGUAUAGCAGUAGGAUUGCUUUGCCGGAGAAUAUUCAGUUCGAGAAGAUUAAGGCGGAGGUGAAAGAUGGGGUUUUGUAUAUAACUAUUCCUAAGGCGAGGAGCCCUGCGAAAGUUUUGGACAUCAAUGUUCAAUGACAAGUCUCUUUCGUAGCAAAUCACUUUCGAAGUUUUUGGUGUAAUUUAAAGAGAAUAGAUUGUAAUUUGCAAGUUUAA